CUGAGAAGUUUCUGCCUGAGCGUCCCACGAGGAACAAAGAAAUAUGGCCCAGUCUGGGGAGUUAGAAAUCUCUUACUACUGUCUUGCACAUUGAAGCAUCACAAGGAAGGAUUUCAUCUUCUGACUGGGUUAUGAACCAAAUCCAUUCACCUGACUCCAAACAGGGUAUAUCCUUGAUGGAGAUCAACUUCCUGAGGCCAGAACAGGGGCCACUGUCAUGAGUCUUGCCUUGACUGGCUUUGUGUAAAGGCCCUGGACCUAUCGUCCUGCAGAUUGUGCAUCACCAGCAUCUUAGAGGAAUGAGGAAGAAGUGCCUGGUUUGGCUAUUAUUAUUUCUGGGGUGCCCUCAUGAGAGAUUCAAAUUUGUCGACAUCAUUAGAGUUGAUCCAGAUAAGACAAACAUAGAGCAUCUCAUUUGCCGGCAGUGUCCUAAGGACCAAAGAAAAUGACCACGGCUCAGGAAUCACUGACAUUCAACGAUGUGGCUGUAAAGUUCACCCGGGAGGAAUGGCAGCUCCUGAACCCGGCUCAGAAGACUCUAUAUCAGGAUGUGAUGUUGGAGAACUAUCGCAACCUGGUUUCCAUCGAGAUCCACAAAGUUGAUAAUCAUUUGGUUGAACCCUCGCAACAUGAAAGAAGUGUGGACAGAACUGAACAAUGCUAUCAAUUUAAUACAUUGGAAAAUAUUCUUCAUCAGCACAAAAAUAAUUUUCCUCUAAAGGAAAAUUAUGAGAUAUUAGGCUUACAUGAUAAAAUUGUAAAAUCAGAUUUAAUCAUUCUGGCAUUAAAUCAGAACAGUAGCAGCAAAAGAAAAAAGUCAGUUGUGUUCAAUGGAGACGAGAAAACUUUUCUCAAUAUUGAACAGGAGCAAUUUUGUACUGAAAUGAUGUUCCCUGAGUGUGAAAAAUCCAGUAGCAUGAAGUCACAAUGCAUUCAACAUCAGGAAUCUGAAAAAAUUGAGAAACAGCGCAUGGGUGAUAAAUGUGGGAAAACCUUCUUCAAGGAGUCUUUCCUCUGUGAGCAUCAGUUCAUUCAUAUUCUAGAUAAGACCUAUGAAUGCACUCAGUGUGGGCAAGAAUUCGACAAAGUAUUCACACUCACUGCACAUUCUCGAACAGCACCUAAAGGACAAAAACCAUACACAUGCUUGGAGUGUGGCAAAGCUUAUCAUAGUAAAUCAUAUCUCAAGGAACAUCAGAAAACUCAUGUGGCAGGGACCCCCUGUGUAUGCAGUGAAUGUGGGAAAGGCUUCACCAAGAACAGUGAUCUCACUGCUCAUCAGCAAACUCAUACUGGAGAGAAACCCCAUGUAUGUGGUGAAUGUGGCAAAGGCUUCAUUCAGAUUGCACAUCUCAAAAUUCAUCUACGAACUCAUACUGGAGAAACUCCUUAUGUAUGCGGUGAGUGUGGUAAAGCUUUCAGCCAGAAGCAAUCCCUAACAGCACAUCAGAUAUCUCACACAUGCAAGAAACCCCAUGUCUGUGGUGAAUGUGGAAAAGCCUUUAUCUGGAAGAACCUCACUCAUCAUCAGCGAACCCCUACUGGAGAAAAACCUAAUGUUUGUGAUGAGUGUGGUAAAGCUUUCAGUCUGAAACAAUACCUUCCAGCACACCAGACAGUUCACACAGGAAAGAAAUCCCAUGUCUGUGGUGAAUGUGGAAAAGCCUUUAGCAGGAAGACGAGCCUCACUGUUCAUCAGCGAACUCAUACUGGAGAGAAACCCCAUGUCUGUGGUGAAUGUGGCAAAGCCUUUAUCUGGAAGACUGCUCUCAUAUAUCAUCAGCGAACUCAUACUGGAAAGAAACCCCAUGUAUGUGAUGAAUGUGGAAAAGCCUUUAUCUGGAAGACGAACCUCAUUGUUCAUCAGCGAACUCAUACUGGAGAAAAACCUAAUGUAUGCAAUGAGUGUGGUAAAGCUUUCAGUCAGAAACAAUACCUUACAGUACACCAGGCAUUUCACACAGGAAAGAAACCCCAUGUCUGUGGUGAAUGUGGAAAAGCCUUUAGCAGGAAGACGAACCUCACUGUUCAUCAGCGAAUUCAUACUGGAAAGAAACCCUAUGUAUGUGAUGAAUGUGGAAAAGCCUUUGCCUGGAAGAAUGUUUUUACUGAUCAUCAGCGAACUCAUACUGGAGAAAAACCCCAUGUCUGUGAUGAAUGUGGAAAAGCCUUUAGCAGGAAGAAAAACCUCACUGUUCAUCAGCGAACUCACACUAGAGAGAAACCCUAUAAAUGUGAAGAAUGUGGAAAAACCUUUGCCUGGAAGAAUGUUCUCACUGUUCAUCAGCAAACUCAUACUGGAGAGAAACCCUAUGUAUGUGGUGACUGUGGAAAAGCCUUUACCUGGAAGAGUAAGCUCACUGUUCAUCAGCUGAUUCACACUGGAGAGAAACCCCAUGUAUGUGGCAAAUGUGGAAAAACCUUCAUCAGGAAGGAUCAUUUCACUGCUCAUCAGCGAACUCAUACUGGAGAGAAACCCCAUGUAUGUGGUGAAUGUGGAAAAGCCUUUACCUGGAAGAGUAACCUCACUGUUCAUCAGCGAACUCAUACUGGAGAGAAACCCCAUAUAUGUGGCGAAUGUGGAAAAACCUUCAUCCGGAAGGAUCAUUUCACUGUUCAUCAGCAAACUCAUACUGGAGAAAAAACCUUAUGUAUGGUGUGAGUGUAGUAAAGCUCUUAGCCAAAAGCACUGCCUUACAGCACAUCAGACAUUUCACACAGGAAAGAAACUGUUUGCAUGUAUUAAAUGUGG